AUGAAGGCUCUCCAGUUGAUAGGAGGGAUGGUCCUCCUUACCUGUGUGUUUCUGGCCUGUGCUGCACAAAGUCCAAUGACCGUGCUGUGCUCCAUAGACUGGUUCAUGGUCACUGUGCACCCGUUCAUGCUGAAUAACGACGUCUACGUGCACUUCCAUGAGUUACACCUGGGUCUGGGCUGCCCCGCCAACCACGUUCAGCCACACGCCUACCAGUUCACCUACCGUGUCACCGAGUGCGGCAUCCGGGCCAAGGCUGUCUCCCUGGACAUGGUUAUUUACAGCUCGGAGCUGCACUACGCUUCGAAGGGGACUUCUUCUAAGUACAUGAUCCCUGUGUCCUGCACUGCUCCCCGGCAGUCCCCGUGGCUCCCUCCACCCUGCCCGGUGAGAGUAGCCCAACACGGCGGGGCGAGCUAUGACGUGUUCACCUUGUCUCAGUCCAGCCAAAGGCCCGACUGUGACUGUCCACCCUGCGUCUUCGGCGAAGAAGAGCGUGUCCAGGCCCCGCAGGGCCAAGCGGAGGCUCAGGAGGGCCGGCACCCGUCUGCUUUCGUGGAUCUUUCUGAGGACUGGUCCCUUCACUCGGAUGAUCUCACUGGGUCCAUGUGA